UUGCGUAAGACAUCCGCCAUGUUGUCACCUUUAGCCGGCUCGCCGGGCGGACUCCCUCUCAGCCUCCCGUCUCUACAAUGUCAGGCAAGGUGCGCCAGCGGGCUACGGCAAACCCCGUCGAUGCCGCCACCACCACGGUCAACGAGCGCAUCCUUCGGGAGUGUCACUCCCUCUACACCGAUGGCGAGAAAGGGUUGGUGGACAUUGCCGAGAACCUGCACUUGAAGUUGCUGGCUCCCAGGAAGAAGAUCACCGUUCUCCUGAUCGGCAACCACUCUGCUGGCAAGAGCACCUUCAUCAACUGGUAUGUUGAGGAACAUGUACAGAGAACAGGUGUGGCCAUUGAGACCCAGGGGUUCACCUUCGUCACCAGUGGCAAGAAGCGGGAAUCUCUCACGGGCAAUGCCACCCUUCACCUGUACCCACACUUCAAGGAUCUCAUGAAGCUGGAAGGUGUGAUGGAGUACCUAGCCACAGAAGUCUCCACCUCCAAACAAAUUAAGUUCAGCCUGGUGACGUUUGUCGACACACCGGGGCUUGUGGACGGGGACAUGAAGUACCCCUUUGAUGUGGACGAGGCAAUCCUAUGGCUAGGUGAUUUGGCGGACCUGAUCUUCGUGUUCUUUGACCCCAUGGGUCAGGCGCUGUGCAAGCGGACACUAAACAUCGUGGAGAGGCUCAACGAGAAGCACUCGGAGAGAAUCAAGUUCUACCUCAGCAAGGCCGACGAGGCGGGGUCCGAAACCGACAGACAGAGGGUGAUGAUGCAGAUCACCCAGGAACUGUGCAAGAGACCAGGCCUGAACAAGUGUGGCUUCGACAUGCCCACUAUCUAUGUGCCCCAGCUCAACGUUAGGAGCAGUCGUUGUGUGAACCAGAUCGAUGAGAUCUGUAAGCAGGUGGAGAAGACGAUCAACCAGACGGUGCAGAACACGCUCAACACGCUGGAGCGGGACUGUGAACAGAUCUCCGAACUUGUCGACAAGAAACUGGAGGAGGACAGGACUGCCAGCUCCUACAAUUUGCGAGCCAGAGGCAAGGGGGCGCUGUUCGGCUUCCUUGGGUUCAUCCUUCCCAUCGUGCUCCUGGUGAACUUCCUGGCCAGCAGUGUUUCUCAGGAACUGCUGAAGUCCCUUCUCGGGAAGGCAGGGGCGGAGGCUCUGCAGGUCUACAUGGCCCCAGUUGCAAGUUUCUGGAAGUCCAUCCCACCAGACUACCACAUGCACACCCUCGGAGCGCUGUUCUUCAUCACCUUGGUGCUGCUGUUCCUUGCCAAGUGGUCGUCCAGGUUGCUACCAACGUUGUCACGGAAACAGAAGCGGGUGUUGCAGGAAAACCGGGACUACGUGCAAGAUUCCGUCAGGGGGAGGAAGGAGGCUCUGUACCUGGAGUACCUGCAGCAGAGCGUUGGGUCAGCUGACAUCAACUAGCCAAUCACAGAACAGCAGCAACUUCAACCAACCAAUCACAUAACAGCUGAUUACUUCAGCCAGCCAGUCACAGAACAAUUGUUUAGAGAGUAGCAAAUCACAGUACAGCUGUUGACUUCAGCCAACCACAGUGCAGCUGACGACUUCAGCCAACCAAUCACAGAACAGCUGGUGACUUCAACUAACCAAUCACAGAAAAGCUGAUGACUUCAGCCAACCUUUCACAGAAUGAUUGUUUAUAGAGAGUAGCCAAUCACAGAACAUUUUUUUUAAGUGCAGCCAAUCACAUGGAAGCACCCAACAAUGGCCAGUCACUCAGUCAAUGGACAUUUUUGUGUAGGCACAGCCAAUCACAACGAAGCACCUUACCUCAGUCAGCCAAUCACAGGAUAGUUGUGUGGACUUUAAGUCUUUAAAUUUUGGGGUUGUCUGCAAUGCAGGAAGAGCCAGUAUCAUGUUUUACUGUAAUAACUUUACAACUUCUGGGUGAUAGCUUCUUGAUGUUGUAGUAAGUAUUAAGUUCACUGUUAAGUUUUAAGUUUAACUUAUAGUUUUCUGAGUAUAGGCAGCUAUAGUUAAUCUUCCGAACUCUUUUUCUUAUUUUUAGUAGGUUUUAGGCCAUGAAAUGUUCAAUCUCUUUCCUUUAGACAUUAUGUUCAUUUUGUUAACUUCUCAUUCAUUGAACUCACUUGAUUGUAAACAAUAAACUUUAAACACAGUACAGGUGUAUAAAGGUAACAUACACAGCAGCCAGUAUUUUACAUACCAGUAAUGUGCUCUGGCCAGUAAUACGUAAAGUUAACAUGCGAUCAUAUGGUUGUUGUAAAAGAAUAUGAACUGAAUAUGACUGAAUAUGAACUUCACCACUACAUUCCAAACUCUAUUUUUAGAACUAAGAGUAUUUUCUACUGUGUGCCAAGAUGUCUGUCAUUAGAUGUGUGUGUGCUAACCACUAUUUUUUGGAUUUCUUUUUUAGUGUGGAAACUUCUUCAUAAGUAACGUUGUGACAGUUUAUCUUCCUUCAUUACAAAUAGAUUUUGGAAGAUUGAUGAAGAUUUCAUUUAAGCCGUAAAAUCUUCCUUGGAAAACCAAGGAGCUUUAAAUUUCAUCAGAUGAAAGCUCCGUUGAAAAAUGACCCAUUUAAUGGUCACAUGGUCAAAGUUCAUGUAGUAGGUCAGUUUGUUUGCAAGGAUGUAGUGAGAGUGUACUCUCCAAGCAGAAGUUUGGCCCUGGCUGUUUUUGACACGGAUUUAGGCAUUUUUAUCAGGAUCUCUACUUUGUAAUGUUUUCUUAAUGCCAUUGGACAUGAAGAAAUUAAUACAAAAUAGAUAACCCGGUAUAAAUGCCUACAAACACGUUAAAAAACAUCCAGAGCCGAACUUCUGCUUUGAGAGUAGAGAGAGCCAAAAAUGUGACAAGUUGGUUUUCCGGUGAGUUGGAAGAAAGUUUAAAUUGUUGCAACUUUUGUUUUAGUUUUAAGCAUGAGGAUCUAUUCCUUUUUCAGAUCCAUUUCAUGGCAGCUACAUUGUAUGUUAUCAUAAGUAAGACUAACUUCGUACAUAUCUGGUGUUGGGAAAGUGGAAUACGAUCUGGCUCGCAUAAUUUAUUUUAUCCUUGAAUGAACUGUGUGGAAUAAAGACUUCUUGAAAUGAAAGCCA